UUCUGGAGACGAACCACCAGUGAAGGUCCACUUGGUACUGUGCCGUGGAAAAAGUCGCUUUUCUGGAAUGCGGCUCUGCAGAGUGUUGCUCAGGAUUUCUGGUUUUGGCGGAACUCAGACGACAAGCGUGAAGAAACGGAAAUUAGACAUUAUAUAGCUAUGUUUGAAUCCUCACAAAAUGUGAUGCUAAAGCCAACAGAAUCCUGGCGUGAGACCCUCCUGGACAGCAGAGUUAUGGAGCUUUUCUUUACAGUACAUCGGAAAAUCAGAGAAGAUACAGACAUGGCCCAAGAUUCAUUGCAGUGCCUGGCACAGCUGGCGUCCUUGCACGGGCCCGUCUUUCCCGAUGAAGGUUCACAAGUUGACUACCUGGCACACUUCAUUGAGGGAUUACUGAACACUAUCAAUGGGAUUGAAAUAGAAGACUCUGAAGCAGUGGGAAUUUCCAGUAUUAUCAGCAACCUGAUAACCGUAUUUCCUCGCAAUAUUUUAACUGCCAUUCCAAACGAACUUUUCUCUUCAUUUGUUAACUGCCUCGCACACCUCACUUGUUCUUUCGGAAGAAGUGCUGCCUUGGAAGAAGUGCUUGACAAAGAUGACAUGGUAUAUAUGGAAGCAUAUGAUAAGUUGCUGGAAUCUUGGCUUACUUUGGUACAAGAUGACAAACAUUUCCAUAAAGGUUUCUUUACCCAACAUGCUGUUCAGGUCUUUAAUUCCUACAUUCAGUGCCAUCUAGCUGCUCCUGAUGGUACAAGGAAUUUGACUGCCAAUGGUGUGGCCUCUCGGGAAGAAGAAGAAAUAAGUGAACUGCAGGAAGAUGACAGAGACCAGUUCUGUGACCAGUUGGCCAGCGUAGGCAUGCUGGGGAGAAUUGCUGCAGAACACUGUAUACCUCUUCUUACAAGUUUAUUAGAAGACCGAGUGACAAGGCUCCAUGGUCAGUUGCAAAGACAUCAGCAGCAGUUACUUGCCUCGCCAGCAUCAGGCUCAAUUGACAAUAAAGUGCUUGAUGACCUGUAUGAGGACAUUCAUUGGCUUAUUUUAGUCACAGGCUACCUCUUGGCUAAUGAUACUCAGGGAGAGACUCCGCUAAUACCUCCAGAAGUGAUGGAAUAUUCCAUUAAACAUUCAGCUGAGGUUGACAUCAAUACAACACUUCAGAUUCUGGGAUCUCCAGGAGAAAAGGCCUCUUCCAUCCCAGGGUACAACAGAACCGACUCUGUAAUUAGGUUGUUGUCUGCUAUUUUAAGAGUGUCGGAAGUAGAAUCUAGAGCAAUAAGGGCAAAUCUCACCCACCUCCUGAGUCCCCAGAUGGGCAAAGAUAUUGUGUGGUUCCUCAAGCGCUGGGCAAAGACGUACCUCCUGGUAGAUGAAAAGCUGUAUGAUCAGAUAAGUCUGCCAUUUAGUACAGCAUUUGGUGCUGAUACAGAGGGUUCCCAGUGGAUUGUGGGUUACCUUUUAGAAAAAGUGAUCAGUAACCUGGCAGUGUGGAGUUCAGAGCAGGACCUUGCAAAUGAUACUGUACAACUGCUAGUAACGUUAGUGGAAAGGAGAGAGCGGGCAAACUUAGUCAUUCAGUGUGAAAACUGGUGGAAUUUAGCUAAACAAUUUGCAAGGCGAAGCCCUCCUCUCCACUAUUUGUCCAGUUCUGUUCAGAGAACACUAAUGAAAGCUUUAGUUUUAGGAGGUUUUGCUCACAUGGAUACGGAAACAAAGCAACAAUACUGGACAGAGGUUCUUCAGCCACUUCAGCAGCGAUUCUUGAAUGUGAUAAACCAAGAAAACUUUCAGCAGAUCUGUCAGGAGGAGGAAGUGAAACAGGAAAUCACUGCUACGUUAGAAGCACUCUGUGGCAUUGCUGAGGCUACCCAGAUUGAUAACGUAGCGAUUCUCUUCAAUUUCCUGAUGGACUUUCUUAAUAACUGCAUUGGAUUAAUGGAAGUGUACAAAAACACACCAGAGACUGUUAAUCUCAUCAUAGAAGUCUUUGUUGAAGUUGCACAUAAACAAAUUUGCUACCUUGGAGAGGCCAAAGCCAUGAACUUGUAUGAGGCCUGCCUCACUCUGCUCCAGGUGUAUUCCAAGAAUAAUCUAGGUCGGCAGCGGAUAGAUGUUACAGCAGAAGAAGACCAGUACCAAGAUCUCCUCCUUAUUAUGGAGCUUCUCACUAAUCUUCUUUCAAAAGAAUUCAUUGAUUUCAGUGAUACAGAUGAAGUAUUUAGGGGACAUGAGCCAGGGCAAGCUACAAAUAGAUCUGUAUCGGCAGCAGAUGUUGUCUUAUAUGGGGUUAACCUUGUUCUGCCCCUAAUGUCCCAGGAUCUGCUGAAGUUUCCAUCCCUGUGUAAUCAAUAUUACAAAUUAAUCACUUUCAUCUGUGAGAUAUUCCCUGAGAAAAUUCCACAACUUCCAGAGGACCUCUUUAAGAGCCUAAUGUACUCGCUGGAGUUAGGAAUGUCAUCAAUGAGUUCAGAGGUUUGCCAGCUCUGUCUGGAAGCUGUAACACCGUUAGCAGAACAGUGUGCAAAAGCACAAGAAACAGAUUCAACCCUUUUUCUAGCAACAAGGCACUUUCUUAAGAUGGUCUUUGACAUGCUGGUACUUCAGAAGCACAAUACAGAAAUGACAACUGCAGCAGGGGAAGCGUUCUACACGUUAGUGUGUUUGCAUCAGGCUGAGUAUUCAGAGCUAGUUGAAACGUUGCUAUCAACUCAGCAAGAUCCAGUAAUUUACCAGCGGUUAGCAGAUGCCUUCAACAAGCUUACUGCAAGCAGCACUCCUCCUACACUGGACCGUAAGCAGAAGAUGGCCUUCUUAAAGAGUUUAGAAGAAUUUAUGGCAAAUGUUGGUGGACUUCUCUGUGUAAAAUAAACAACAAAACUCUAUGCCUAAUUUAGACCCUUUCUGCAAAAUGCACUGAGAAAUGCUGAAUGCUGACUAAAUCUCGUACCUGUCUCUGGGUUCUUUGCAGCCAUCUCAGAUUCUAGAGAACCUGGAAGUUUGAACGUAACGUGAUGGAAUAGGAGAGGUCAACUUUGAAUCAGCUUCUGCUAUGAUGUGUUAGCUGCAAUCUGUCGUACUUGUGCGUGGGAGAGAACGAAUGGGAAAUUGGAAUUUAAUUUUUUUCAAUAGAUGUACAAACAGAUACGGGCAUAACGAAAAAUAAACACAGUGCCUUCCCCAUCCCCCCGCCCCACACUGGCUUAAAUGUGAGUGGCCAGAUAAACGUACAGAUUUCAACCCAAAAUCAUGUUAGAGUGCGACGCAGAUACAUAUAAAGCUCUAAACAGUUUAGCUGAUUUUAAGCUUUAUUUUUCCUCUCUUAAAGUUUGAGUUUGUGUCCUAAUGGGGA